CCUGACCUUGGAGGUAUUCAGAAAAUCAUUCAGCAUCCAGGAAUUAAUCACUGAGCGAAGAAAUGGUUCAGUUUAAUGUAUGCUUUGACCAGGACGCAUGGACAUAUCACAAACCUUAGAAAAUUCAAACUUAGUCCUGUCAAACAGCUGUUUGUGGAGUAAUGCUCAAAUUUUUAGCCUGAACAGCUUGAAUCUAGUCUUUUGCUUACAAUCUUUAUUUGAAAGUUAUUAUGGGUAUUACUGGGUAGUCCAAGCGGUCUUUCUAAACCGGAUUCUUGAGGUCGUAAGAUUUCCGCAGGUCAUGGCGGGCAUCCCGCAAGCAGUCAAUGUUCACAGCACCAGUCAAAUGACUGAUAAUUUAAGCAGAAAUGAAAUAAUCCAAUGGGUUAAUCACUGUCUGAACAGCAGCUACGGUAAAGUGGAGGAGUUGUGUAGCGGAGCAGCUUAUUGUCAACUGGUGGAUAUGCUCUUUCCAGGAACAUUAUUGUUUAAGAAAGUCAAAUUUAACACAAAGCUGGAGCAUGAGUACAUUAAUAACUUCAAAGUAUUGCAAGCUCUUUUUAAGAAACAUGGCGUAGAUAAAGAGGUUCCAAUCGAGAAGUUAGUAAAAGGAAAGUUCCAAGAUAAUUUUGAGUUUCUCCAAUGGUUUAAACGGUUUUUCGACGUAAACUAUGAUGGUCAUCUUUAUGAUGCUUUAACAGCUAGGGGAGGUGAGAAAAUUAUCGGCAGCGGGAAAACUCCAAACAAGUCCCAACUCGAUCAGCCGCGCAACAGCAUUUCAUCAAAUGCUAAACCUGUAGGUCAGAAGCAGGUAGUUACAACUUUGCGCACCAGUCAGUCCGGUGUUUCAGGAACUCCUACUAAUAAUAAUCAUUAUUCCGCUGGCGAUAAUGCAGAAGUGGCCAUUUUGAAACAGCAAUUCGAUCAGCUUACAUUAGAGGCUGAACAAAACAAGACUACUAUUGAGGGUCUACUUCGUGAAAGGGAUUUCUACUUCAACAAGCUACGCAGCAUUGAAAUAAUUUGUCAAGAAAAUAGAAAAGUAGACUUGACUAAGAGUAUCUUUGAAAUCCUUUACGCAACCGAAGAUGGUUUCACUGCUCCCGACGCUGAAGAACCGGAAGAAUUUUAGCUGGAUCUGCUUUUAACAACCUGGUAUUCCUAAUGCCGAUUUUAGGCAAAUGUUCUUUAUUAAUCUUAUCGAUGAUAGUAGUUGUAGUACUACUGUCUCAGUUCAUUAGCACAAUCUGCCUCCUAUUAUUUGAGUGCUGAAAGUGUUGAUUUUAUUUUUUGCUUUGUACGUAUUUGUUAGUGUCUUUACUCUGCUUGUAAACAUUUUUCAGUCCCUUGGAUUUCCAUAAAACUAUUAAUAUUAAUGAACCACAUUUCUGGACUUUCACUCUUACCUUAAAUACAGUUUUUUGCUUCUAGUUUAUUCGAUAAAACAUCUGUCAUCAAAUCACUUCUUAUUGUCUGUUUUAAUUUACUGUUGCAAAGUUCUAUACAAAGCUUUGGUUAUCUGUGAAAUUGCAGUACCCCGUUAUAUAAAUAUGCAUAUUGUAAAGAUUUUUGAACAAAUCUUGCGUUUAUAUAUUCAUAUAGGCUCACGUGCCCAUAUACCGGAUAUUUUUCAUAAAGAGGUUUUUGAACUUCUUUAGUUUACUACAUUUCUAUCCUUAAAAUAAAUACGAUAACUGAUCAGCAUACUUUGUUUGUUAUGUAAGGUGCUAACUUCAUAUAAAGUACAUAAUUCCAGGCAUUAUGUUUGUUUUCUCUUUUUGUACGCAAAGUGUUAAAUGACAGGUAGUUAGGUUUAGGUUGGGUCACUUUCGAAGGUGUCAUUAUUCCACUGUUCGAAUACAGAUGUUAAUAAUUGGCAACAUAUUUAAUCACGUCAACUUUUUUGGUUUGAGGUCAUUUCGACCAAUCCGUCAUUCCUUGGGCUUAGUACACCCGUUCUCUCGUGUUUUGUUUCGUAUGAUGAUUUAUGGUUCUAGUUUCCUUUCAUUCCUGAAAUCUCACAAUAUUAGACGGUUCAUUCCGUGAACUUUCUGUCACACAUGUAGUUGUACAGAUCAAACUGACGGAUUUCAAGCAUGUUCUUCGAGUUUCUUAUUAUUAUUAGUUACUCCAUCCAAUAUUAUAUUUUUUGUACAAUAUAGAAUUGUCAGUUGAUGUGGCCAAUUUACAUUGUGGAUUAUAGUGAAGAAUACGCAGUAUAACACAUAUAUCAAGAUGUUUUCAUAAAAUUACUUUCGAAAUCUCAAAAUCAAGGUAGUUUACUAGCACUUCUUUAUGUAGCUGGUUAGCAAGUUGUAUUGUAGUUGAACUUAAGUCAUUACAUCGGGUUUUCGAGGAUCUAUUAUUUCCAUGAAUAGCUUGUCAAACUACUUUACACCAAAUACUUAGUCUGUAGGUUUGGAGGUCACUUGAAUACAGGUAGUCAUUUAACUUUAGGGUAAACGUGAGUUUUUUACAGUUUUGUAUUAGUUAUUGGCCGUGUGAACAUCAUAGUGUAAGAAUAAACAAAAAAACCAGUGGUCAGUAGAAUGAGUGUAUAUUUUUUGUGUACUUUAUACAUUGUUAGCUAAACGAUGUUUGUCGCAUUUAGGCAGUGUUAUCGGGCUAUAAAUAUAUAGUUUCAGGAAAUGUGGCCUGUUUUCCUAUGACCAUCUUAAUUCACAAGUCACGUUUUCUACUCUAUUACUGGGCUCGUAUUCGAGCGGAAGCAUUAGUAACCUAUGUGUGUGUACACAACGCUAAUCAGUUUGAAGGUGAAUAAAUAUACCAUCAAAUGAUCUAAUUAGUAAUCUCAAUAAAAUAUCGCCGAACACUUACAAUGUUGCUUCUAAUAAUCAGAACCAGUUCAGAUUGUGACAGGGACAUUCAGUGAUAAACAUUGUACAGCUCCAUUCAGAUAGAUUAAUCCACCGAGUGACAAGUUUUAUCUUCAAUGCCCAAUUUAUCAUUAAGCAAACCGUUUGAUUUAUGAUGGAAAGCGGACAGAAAAAGAAUAGACUCCGAUUAACUCAAAAUCCAUUCAAUCAGAUAAAAUGUAAGUGGUAUUUUCUCUUAUCUUUAUACUUUCC